AUGUUAUGUAUGUAUACAGGGUACGGCAUCAUCAACGCCACGGGAGACCUAUGGCGAGCUCAACGUAAAGCCGGCCUGAAAUUCUUCAGUGGAGCCAACCUGGACGCUCUCGUCGAACAUGUCUUGCCCGAAGUAUACAACGACAUGACGAAGAAACAACUCUCGCAGGCAGCGAAGGACGGCACCGUCGUCGAUUUACAACAAAUCUUUCACGACCUCACGACCACUGUCGUCGGACACAUGGCAUACGAUAUGGAAAUAUCAGCCUCGUCUCCCUUCAGCAGAGCCUUUGACCACGCCUCGUCCCACAUCAGCCUCCGAUUUCAAAACCCCCUCUACCGUCUCACCGAAGUCUUUUCGGGGUCCGACUUCCGCGACUCCCUGGCCACUGUCAAGCAAUUCGGUCGUCAGAUCGUUUCCAACGCACGUCGACGCCGGUCGCGAGCCGCGUUCGAGAGCCUCAUCACCGACGACCCCAUCCCGGAGGACGCCUUUGGUGGUACGUUGAUCGACUCGCUCAUCGAGUCCCUUGCCGACCCUCUAGUGGUCGCCGACGCCGCCCUCAAUUUUUUGUCCGCGGGCCGCGACACCACGGCCCAGUCGCUCACUUGGACCUUGUACGCUUUGUUGCGCCACCGGACCGCCCUCGAGGACCUCAGGGCCGAGGUCACCACCAAAAUCCCCGACGUUGUCGAGAACGACGCCGAGGCCGCCCUCGACGUGGCAUCCCUGCAACCCACGAACCUCCCGCUGACGCUCGCCACCUUUUACGAGGCCCUCCGUCUCCACCCUCCCGUUCCCUUUGAGAUCAAACAGACGGCGACGGACAAACCACCCGUCACGCUCCCGGACGGGACCUACCUCCCUCCCGGCGCCGUGGUGGUCUGGUGCAUCCACGCCUUCAACCGGGCGAGAGAGGUGUUCGGCGACGACUCGCACCUCUUCAGACCGCGGCGGUGGCUCGACGACGACCGCAGCCGCAGCGGGCACAACUUCACACCCAAGUCACCGUUCGAGUUUCCUGUCUUCAACGGCGGGCCGAGGGCGUGUCUGGGCAAGAAGAUGGCAGAGGUCAUGGCCGUGUGGGUCUUGGUCAGGAUCUGUACGGAAUGGGAAUUUGACGAGGUCCUCGCCGACGGGUACGCAGCGACAAGCAACGGUAACGUCCAAAACGAACACGUCCUCCUACCCGACAGAGUGAGUGCGAACAGUCUGACCUUGCCAAUGGAGGGAGGCUUGCCUUGCAGGGUCAGGGUCAGGAAACAGUCAAGUUGAACAUGAUCACGACUACGCGAGACCAGGUGAGGAAAAAAGAGGUUUCCAAAGAUUUCUGUACAAAAUGGUAUCUUGUUUGGAUCUCCUUGCCGAUCGUCGAUCCAUCAAUCCCGAAAGAGACACAAAAUAAGAAUCCCCAGGAACCUUUGCUCAAUUCACGCGUGAAUCACCCAGGGAGCUUCACGUUCGGUUCGGCAAAGAAAGAAUCAAAAUUUACAAGCUCCAAUUCCCAUCAGAACCGAAAGAAUCAUGGCUCAUCAUCGUCCGUUGCAACGCUGGUAUAUGCCAUUCCACCAGCGCCCCUCCGAAGUCUCAGAGGUACAUCGUACAUAUGUGCGUAAUCCACCACUUCGCCGCCGAGGAAGCCCUCUCCAUUCUUCCUCUUGCCAAAAACCGGUGCCGGAUCGCACCAGAAAUCCUUGCAGUUGCCGAUGAUACCGCGACUGAAGGAAUUCGAAUUUCGAGACCGGAGUUUGCCAUGCGAGGCAUCUGACGCGGUGGCUAAGAACGCAUCGAGACCAAUAAUCUUCUUCCAGCGUGAAAGGCAACCCUCGGGACGUCGUGGGACAGGGUUGAUCCGUGUUGAAGCAGCCGCUGUGUCGUUGAGGGAGGACGUGGCUGUCGUAACACCCUGCGUGACCGGUCGUACGUGCUGCGGCAGCAAAGGUGCGUUCUCAUGAGA